CAAAAUUAUUUAGGCAAUUUCACUGAAUUUUCCGUACACUAUAAAUAGCCAUCCCGAUAAACUGAACAUUACAGAGUCUGAGUGAACAAGAUGUCGGUCUACACACUAUUGUACUUGGCGCAAAUACUUUUGGCAAUAUUAUACAGUCAUGGCGCUCUGGCAGAGAAAAUGAUGCGUCCUAAGAUUAAAGAUAUGAAACUAUGGAGCGAUGAGAAAUUUCUAUCUCACAAACUAACCUACGAUCACGCAGAUCCCCACCUGAAUUUUACUCUAGAUGUUCACCAGGACGUGUCUGAUGUAGAUCUGCACUUUGAUACGCGUAUUAUCAACAAACUGGAUCCGUUCUAUACGAGCACAUUUAAUAUAACACUGAAUCUGUGUCGGAUCCUGAAUUAUAGCACAAAAUCGCCGGUGGGUCGCUUCGUGUACACCUUCAUCAAGGAAUAUGGCAACAUUAUCGAGUCCUGUCCAAUUCCCAAGGGAUCGUAUGCCAUCACCAAAUUCUGGUAUCCCGAGGAUCCAACCACAGCCAUGUUGCCGGAGAUAGACUUCGAAGUAAAUUUCGCCGCCUAUCACCUCGAUGCCAGCAAGAAGCGCAAUUUGAUCAUUAACGAUCAUAUUACUGGCGAAUUCACGGUCCAGGAUGUCAAUAAUCUAAAGCCAGGUAUUUUCGCCAUGUUGCCCAAAGUUGGCUAAAUAGCAGUUGGCCGAGAGACCAAACAAACAAACUUACCUCUGUCCACAUUUAAUAGCACUUUCAAUGUUUCAAUGGUAUUAUUUAAAUCUAUUCAAAUUUAUAUCUCAUGUUAUUAAUGUAGCAGCAGGCCGAAUAUGCAAUAAAGUUGCUCAAAAAAGAGUGCAACAAUAA